GCUGUGAUGCGACUUGUAUUUGAAGGAUAACAUGAGGCUUGUGGUCCUGUGGGGUCUGCUGCCCCUGCUGUGUCGGUAUACGCUGGUUAGUAGUCACAGUUUGGGAAGGUCCUCUUCUCCUGGUGACUUGGCCGAGCUCAAGUCUUUGCUUGAGCGCUUUGAGGAGACUCUGGCAGAAGCAGCUCAAGAGGACACCUCUGAAAUGGACUAUGCAACGAUGAACCAAGAACCAGAACGCGGCCAGUCCGACCGAGGAUGGAACACGCAGCAGGACAGGGACCAAGAACCUGCCACAGAGGAACGAUCCCAAGCAGUGGCUGAAGUCCAGAACCGGGCCUUGAGCGCGAGGAACCGCCUACUGGACCUGCUGGUGACGGCCAGAAAACGGGCAUCGGGCUGCUUUGGUGCCAGGAUGGAUCGGAUAGGGAAUGCAAGCGGUCUGGGCUGUAACACUGCAAGAGGAUAGGCUGAAUCUUCUUUGGGAUACGUCUGAUCCUUUUGUCCUUUAUUAACUGAAGUUUAGUCG